UGAAGACGCGCUGAAAGGGGAAGCUGUUACCGUAAAGCCGCGUAUAGAGGCGCUGUGGGGUUUCAGAGGUGUGAAGCUGUAGCACACCUGCUCUCUCUCUCUCUCUCUCUCUCUCCCUCACUCUCUCUCACUGCACUCAGUCGGGCUGAACAUGGGCUCCUCACAGUCUGAACUGCAGGAACACGACGUCCAGGAGCUCUCUGAGAAAACCGGCUUUUCUCCGGAGCAGAUCAGAAACCUGCACAAGCGAUUCAAGAACCUGACCAACAAUAGUAACAGCUUAAGCCGAGGUGACCUGGAGAACAUCGGCGAUUUGAGUUUCAACCCCAUUAGAAGCCAAAUCAUUGAUGCCUUCUUUGAUAAAAGGAACUUCGGUCAGGACGAGGUGGGCACUGUGGAGGAGAUCGGCUUCGAGGAGUUCCUCAUCGUCAUGUCACACUUCAGGCCACUGAAACAGCACUUAAUGCCGGAGGACAAAGAGAAGAUUAGAAAAGAGAAACUCCGCUUUCUGUUCAACAUGCAUGACAAAGACAACGACGGCAUCAUCACUUUGGACGAAUACAGACAGCUGGUAGAGGAGCUGCUGUCCAGCUUUGCUAUAGAAGCACAAAGAAUCAAGUCCAUCGCAGACUCUGCUAUGCUGGAGGUCGCGAGUGUCACGAUGGGUCAGAUGGCUCCAGAUGAGGUUUAUGAGGGAAUCACGUUUGAGCAUUUCCUUCAGAUUUUGAAAGGUGUGGAGAUCGAGUCGAAGAUGUACAUCCGCUUUCUGUAUGUGGACACGACACCGAUGAGCUGUGGAAAGUAAACAAUUUCAACUUGAGAACACAAAAGCUCGUCGUUAUUGCUGCCAAAGUUAGUGCUGUCCACAGCACUCUGUACUCGUUUAACCUUUCUGUUUCCUCUUAAAGCAUCUCCAAACUUCCAGUACUGCUGCGUGAGGGACACCUGAACGGGUAGAACAGGAUGUGUGGCAUUUCUAUGAACAUUUUUUAACUGACGUACGUGUGACAUGCAUGCAGGUGUUAAGUGAAAGAAUUGCACAUGGCUGAAAGAGGAGACGGUUUAUUAAUCCCUUUGGCCUUAUCUAUUUUGGGCGCCUUUGAGUAUAGGUUAAAUUCUGCACCCAGUUACCACUUAAUAAACUGUAUUAGUAACACACACACACACACACACACACACACACACACAUAACAUCGCCAUGGCAGCAUUUAUAUACUAUCUUGGUCCAAUUUUAAAAGUUACACAAAAAUUUCAAAAUGUUCACACAAUUUUCAACUUCCACAGUCAAGACGUGGUUAGUGUUUGACGGUUGUUUCUUUAGUUUGGAGCUACAAGGCUAAUGUUCAGUAGAUAACACGUAAUGGAAGCCUAUCUCACUUAAAACCUGUUCUAUAAAUAGCUGACUCAAACCACACCCAAUUCUUCAAAUGGCAAUGAGACAGUGAGGGGAAAUAAGUAUUUAUUCCUCUUAGCAAAUCAUCUUCAAUUCUCCAAGGUUACAAGGGUCCCUCUGAUGGACUUGCAGUUUCACAAUUGUUCAUAAAUAGUCAAUCGGAUUCCAGGAGAUUGGCUAGUUAAGUUAUUUUGGCUGUAUCUUGUCUUAUUGAACCAAUAACUAACCUCGAUUCAGUUAGUUGCUGAUAAGAUUCAUGUUUCCUUCAAUGAUAUGUAAUGCUCCAGUAUGUGGCAGAGAAGCAGCCCCAGUAUUGUGAUGCUCCCACCACCGUGCUUCACUGUGUGCAUGGUGUUCUUGGGAUCAUACAUUUUUCUCCAAAUAUGAUCAGCUGAAUUAUUGCCAGAGUUCUAUUUUUGUUUCUUUUGUUCCACAAGACUUCUAAUUUGUCUAAAGGCUCGUGCACACAUUUUAGACACACCUCUCUGUGCUUCUUUUAUAGCGCGUGAGUUUUGCAUGAUUGCAAUGCAGUUCAUUGCUCUGUGAAACUUGUUCCUGCUGCUUUCAGGUCGUCCUGCCGCUCUUUUCCAGUGACUCUUGGCUUCUCUCUUAUCUUCCUUAUCAUAAGUCUGAGGUUGCAUUGUGAGAUCUUGCAGGCACACCUGUCUGGAGACAAUUAGUUGUAGUUCCAUGAAUUAACGCAAAUGGACAUUAUGAAUUUUCAACGACCCCAAACAUUGAACACCGUACAUUUUUAAAAUUCCAGAAGUAUAACAGAGGACUACUAUAACAUUUGAACAUUUUAUUAUGUUAUUAACAUACGUAUAUGUAAUGUACGUGACUAAAAACCAAAGGAAUAUUCCUUGCACUGACUUACCAGUGUAGUGGGAAGUGUUGUGUCGUUAUAGGAAAAUAAUCCACGCCAAAGUGGUGUGAUUUGUGCGAGUUAUACUCAACGCAUGAUUGUUCUCAUGUACAGAAGCAGAGAAAUUAUGCACACACUCACACCCACAAAUGUUUAGCGAGUUUAUGCACAGCGAUGUAAAACACACUGACGAUCUCUGUCUUUCUUAAAGCUUUCUGCUGUUGUUGUGAUUGUUGUCAUGAUCUGUGUCUGAAAAGGAAAUUCUGACUUUACAUUCAAAAAAAUUUACUAUCUACUAAAUCCAGAAGACUGGUACGCAAAAUACAUCUUUUGGUAGGUUUGAAGGCAACAUGAGAGGUUUUUAAAGUUCAUACACUGCCUGUACUCAGAAAAACAGUUAGUGUUAGUGCUCAAUAGUACAUAAGUAUCAGUUUGAGAGCCAAUGCUGGUUUGUUUAGUGAUGGUUGAUUGGCGGGAUAAAUUGUCCUUUUUUGGAUGAACUAUGCUAAUGCAGCAAGUCAGGAUAGUGAAAAAGAUUAAAAUAGCACCUACUAAUUUAAACGUGGCAUGUCCGAAUGUGACUCCCAGUUACAGUUCAAAAAUAUUAGCACACCACAACUGUGUCUUUUUUUUAUCUUGAUUUGUAAAAUAAAUGAAUGAAAUAAAAGAGGAGAUUGUGAGUUUCUCUCAUCACCCCAUUUGUAAAUCAAGCGAUCCCGCAUGGGGUCACGACCCCUAGUUUGGGAACCCCUGGUCUAUGCUAUGUCUCUGUAGCUUUGAUUUGAGUGUUGUUUAAUAAUGUUUUCCCUGAGAACUUCAGGAAGCUCCUUCACCUUCAGCAUGGUUGUUGCUUGUGUAAAAUCUUCCCAACCAACGACAACGUCUGUUAUAAUGACACCAGGUGCAAUUUACAUUAGAACAUUUUUCGCAGUAUCUUAAUUUAUGUAUUUUGCUGUAACUUCUACAUAUACUUUUUAAUAUAAUCUCUGAAUAUUUUUCCCCCCAUCAAUUCUGUUUUUAAACAUAUCUUUUUAUGCUUAUGAAUAUAUACUUAUUUUGUUCAUUUUUAAAAGUCUAAACACAUUGUGUGUGUAAAUUUGAAGUGGCUAUACGCACUGGAAGUAAAUUCACCAACAGAAACAAAAGUGUCUGAAUACUUAUUUCCACUCACUGUAUACGACUUAAGGACCCUUUCAUGCAAGGAAUAAAACACGUACGGGUGUAGCAUUAUAGGGAAAAAAAAUAAACUGGGUGAUGUGAUGUUUAUAGUUUUCCUGUAACAGCAUGUCCCGAAGUCAUUCCACUUAUACCACAAUGCUGUUGAAUUCUCAAUUCUGAUUGGUCAGUAGGUGUUGACUGAUAUUAAAUAUUACUUUUCUAUAACAGUAGUUCCUGCUGCAAAUCACAGGGUUAUAUUAAUAAUAUUACAUUAUCAUUUCUAUAGCUGAUGUAACUUAAAUGAUAACAGGAACUUGUUUUGUGGACGUUCCACAACACUGAAUGUAACUAUAACCUGAUAAAAAGCAUGCCAUUUUGUUCUUUAAGUAAUAAAGUAAUGUAAUCGUCUGCAAAUUGCUGUGGUAUAAAAGGGAGGAAAACACAGUGAGACAUGCUGUUAUAGGAAAAUAAUCAACUCUGAGGUGACAGCAGCAACUCUGCUUCAUCACACCACCCUAUCGUUGAUCAUUUUCCUAUAACAGGACAGCCUGAGGCAUUUUGGUAUUUCUUUCCUCUAGGUUUCAGAUCCCAAAGUUUAAAGGCUGAUAAUACCGUAAAUCUUGGAUAACAGUGUUCCACUUUGAAACUAAAAUUGUAUUUACAGACAGAGUAGUUGUAUAUAAGCAUUACAUGGCUUAACAAAGCAAGAAUAUAAAGAUGUCUGUAUAUAUUUCUGAAAAAGUUUUUGCAUGAAACAGAAUUCAGCUAUUUAGUAAAUAAAUAAGCUUCAGAGCUCCAGUGCAAAAUGAAAUAAUCAAGCGUCAGACAUCAUUUGGCUAUGAUUUGUGAUCAGUGAUUUGAGUUAUCGUUUUAACUGUUCAUCCAGACCCGAUUUAUAAGUUCUCCAACAUGCAGGAUGCAGUGUCAGGGUCAGUGCUCCCAGUGUGUGGGAAGAAACCGAGCUGCUAAAAUUCCUCUCUCAUUAGAGUUCCCCGCCCAAGUUAAUGAGUCAGUGAGCUCGGUGUAAAAAAGGAUGGAAAAAAAAAAAGAAUCGGGGAGUUAGAGUCGAGCACAACAGCCAGUCUGUUCUCUAGCUAUUAUUAUCAAAUGACUCAUGUUUACAGACCUGCCAUUACAUGUAAUUAGUGCUGGAAGGUAAAUGUUUUAGCAGCGGUACAGUGUUAUCCAAAAUGAGAUUUAAAAAAAGUGGUCUUUAUCUCUCUCUCUUUUUUUUUUUUUUUUUUUUUUU